AUGCUUAGUUGGAGAGGUCAGUAUCACUUCUAUCUCAUGUCGCAACAGAAGGAGGAUGCACUUAUAAACGAAUCUAUUGAUAGUAAAGAAAAAGACAAUAAUCAAGAUCAAGAUGUAGUUUCAUCAGAUGAUGAUGUAAUAGACUAUUCUGUGAAGCCUGAGUUAUAUGAUCCAAAUCUUGAUGAUAAAGACCAACUCUGGAUUCAAAAGAAAAGAAAAGGUCAAUAUUCUGAUGCAGUUCUCACCUGUCCUGCCUGUUUCACAACCCUAUGCCUCGAGUCUCAAAGGCAUGAAAAAUAUGUGACCCAAUAUCGAGCAAUGUUUGUGUUAAAUUGCAAGAUCAAGAAAGGGCAACAAGUAUCAUCAUCAUCAGAAGAUAAAGGAAGUUUAAAAAGAAAAAGAGUUAGAAAAGUUUUAGCAGUUGAUGGUGAGUCAUUAAGUCCGGUUUGUUGCUCGGUUUGUGAGACGGAAGUUGGGGUUAUUGAUGAUGAUGAGGUUUACCAUUUCUAUAAUGUUCUUCCAAGUGAAUGUUGAUUAUCAUUCAUAUGUUUUUCUAAUCUUGGAUUUUGUUUUUUUAAGUUUAGAUUAAUGAGGAAUUAUGCAACUCACAUGAAUUAUGGUGUAAUGUUUACAUGAAUUAUUAUACAUCAUCCAUGUUGUAAUCGGU